GAGUGAGUGUGGCCGCGGCCCGCGGCGCCGGAAGCUCCCGGAAAUCCGCGGGCCGGAGACGACGGCAUCCCUGAGGCCGCCCUGCAGACGUGUCCGUGGACCAUGAGCGUGGGCUUCAUCGGCGCAGGCCAGCUGGCCUGUGCCCUGGCGCGGGGCUUCACGGCCGCAGGCAUCCUGUCGGCACACAAGAUAAUAGCCAGCUCCCCAGAAAUGGAUUUGCCCACCGUGGCCGCGCUCCGGAAAAUGGGGGUGAACCUGACCCGGAGCAACAAGGAGACCGUGAGGCAGAGUGACGUGCUGUUCCUGGCCGUGAAGCCGCACAUCAUCCCCUUCAUCCUGGACGAGAUUGGGGCCGACGUCCAGGCCCGGCACAUUGUGGUCUCCUGUGCGGCUGGAGUCACCAUCAGCUCUGUGGAGAAGAAGCUAAUGGCCUUCCAGCCGGCCCCCAAGGUCAUCCGCUGUAUGACCAACACGCCCGUGGUGGUGCGGGAGGGCGCCACGGUGUAUGCCACGGGCACGCACGCCCUGGUGGAGGACGGGCAACUGCUGGAGCAGCUCAUGAGCAGCGUGGGCUUCUGCACAGAGGUGGAGGAGGACCUGAUCGACGCUGUCACCGGCCUCAGCGGGAGCGGGCCUGCCUAUGCAUUCAUGGCCCUGGACGCACUGGCUGACGGAGGGGUGAAGAUGGGCCUGCCAAGGCGCCUGGCAGUCCGGCUGGGGGCCCAGGCCUUGCUGGGGGCUGCCAAGAUGCUCCUGGACUCAGAGCAGCACCCCGGCCAACUCAAGGACAACGUGUGCUCCCCCGGGGGGGCCACCAUCCACGCGCUGCAUUUCCUGGAGAGUGGGGGCUUCCGCUCGCUGCUCAUCAACGCCGUUGAGGCGUCCUGCAUCCGAACACGGGAGCUGCAGUCCAUGGCUGACCAAGAGAAGAUCUCCCCCGCGGCUCUCAAGAAGACCCUCCUGGACAGGGUGAAGCUGGAAUCCCCUACCGUGUCCACACUGACCCCCACCAGCCCGGGGGUGCUCCUCACGAGAAGCCCGGGGCCGGGAGGCAAGAAGGACUAAGGGCCGUCUUGGGGGUCUGUCCAGGGAGGGGGCCAGACACUCAUCCUGGGCAGGCGGUACUGGGAUCUCCCGUCCCACUUUGGGAGAUGCUCGGGAGUAGAGGGGACACCAGAGGCCAGGUGUAGCCCCUCGAACCUCUAGCUCUUGGGAGAGAAGCAGGGUUGGUGGGGGUCCUUCACCCAGCGCCCUCGGCAGGGCCCGUGUGCGACCCAGUCAGGAAGGUUAGGCCUGUGUGAGGGCUUACCCUCCUGAAUAAAUGGGGAACAAGCAAGCAACUUAGAACUGUCCAGUGAAUCAGCAGCGUAAGAAGCGAAACUGCUUCUGUGUAACCCUCGUUCGAAUCUAGGCAGCCUCUGAGAGUGCAUUAUUCAGCGCAGCUAAGCUGAGCCCUUUCGUAGAGGUUUUUCAUUAACCUGCUUGUCUUAAUGCUGACUCUUGUCAUCAAUUUGUUUUUUUUCCCCUUGGGGGUGGGUUUUUUUGUUUUGUUUGGGGGCCAUACCCAGUGGUGCUCAGAGAUCACUUCUGCUGGGGCUCGGAGAGACCAUAUGCGGUGCUGGGGAUUGAACCUGGUUUGUUCUUUGUAUUUUGGGGUGGGUGGGGGGUGGCAGGGACACACUCGGCAGUGCACUCAGGUGUUACUCCUAGCUCUACACUCAGAAAUGACUCUGGCGGUGCUUGGGGGACCACAUGAGAUUGAAUGAGGGAUUGAAUUCAGGCCAACUGUGUGCAAGGCAAAUGCCCUCCCUGCUGUACUAUCUCUUCAGCCCUGAACCUGGCUUGUUUUUUUUGUUUGUUUGUUUUUUGUUUUUUUUUGGGUCACACCUGGCAAUGCACAGGGGUUACUCAGGAAUCAUUCCUGGCGGUGCUCAGGGGACCAUAUGGGAUGCUGGGAAUCGAACGCGGGUCGGGCCGCAUGCAAGGCAAAUGCCCUACCCGCUGUGCUAUUGCUCCAGCCCCAAACCUGGCUUGUUUUAUUUUUCUGGUCCUUGUCAUCCUUCUGGAAGGCUUGAUACCUUUGUAGGUGCAAGCAGUGGACAGAAGAGGAGAUGAGGCCCAGCCCCUGAGGGAUGUCGUGGCCUGAGGAUAGGCCCGAGUCGGAUCCCAGGAGAGGAAGUCCCCACCCAGGCACAUGGCAGUCAGUCUCUGGGGGGCGGAGAUAAGCAGCUCACCAGUGCUGCUGGCCUGCUGCUCUGUUUCCCAGAAGCUGAGGCUGAGGGGUGCUGCUCCCCUCGCCCCGCCGAGCUCUGGGCUUCCUUCCUCUCAGGAGGCUCCCUGCCUUUGGCACAGGCAACAGUCUCAGCUGUGGGUUCAAGCCCACUUCCUUUUGUGCUUUUCUUUUGGUGUGGGGGUGCUCAGGGAUCACUCCUGGCACGUGCCCUACCCGCUGUGCCCAUCUCUCCAGCCCCUCCACUUCCAUUUUCAACCUGGCCCCGAGGUGUGUCGUCCCCUGAAGGCUGAGGCCCAGCUGCCAGCCGCGCCUCUGCGGGUCUGCACGUGACCGUUUGCAUCCUGGUUCCACGCUCACACUUGUGCUGGCGGCUGGGUGGUAGAGCCACGGCUCCAGGGCACAGGGCAACCGCUGCCCGGGGAGCUCUUCUCACCCUCACUGAGGGCAAGAGCCUCCUCCCAUCUCCCCCGGGCAGCCCUGGCUCUGACCCCAAACCAUGGCCCCGCGCCUCAGCUUACUCCAGGUGACACAUCUGGUGCUGGAAACCAGCUGCCUCGGGGCUGGGAGAGUGCAGGGGCCACAGCUGAUUCCGCUCCCAGCAGGAGUGACCCCUGAGCACACGGCCCUCCCCCGACCCCCGACCCCUGCCAAAAGAAAGCUACAAAACAUUUUGUUUGUUUUUGAACCCGGUAUUUCAGGGGUUAUUGCUGGUUUAGUGCUCAAGGAUCCACUUCUGGUGGUGCUUGGGGGGCUAUUUUCUGUACCUCCUCAUUCUUUUUCUUUUUUAAGCAGUGUGAGGUGCCAGAGUGAUAGGGCAGCGGGUAGGGCAUUUGCUGGAGCUGAUCCAGGUUUGAGUCUGUCAUCGUCUACGGUCCCGAGUCCCACCAGAAGUGAUUCCUGAGCUCAGAGCCAGGGGUCAGCCCUGAGUACCACAAGGUGUGGCCCCCAAACAAAUGAACUGAUAUGAAAUAGUUGAUUUCUCCAUUAUUAUCACUAUUUAUACUUGUGGUCCUGGGUAAGAGGAGCUGAAAUCAAGAGGUCGUGGACGUUGACUCAGAAAUCGUUCUCAGCAGUCUGCUUGUUGAUACCUGUCCUCCUUAGCUCCUAGGAGUUCAUGGUUUUUUUUUUAUAAAUAGCAUCUUGGGGCUGGAGCCAUAGUGCAGCGAAUAAAUCACUUGCCUUUGUGUGCCUGACUGAGUUCAGUCCUCAGCAUCCCAUAUGGUCCCCCAUACACUGCCAGAAGAAAUUCCUGAGUGAGAGCCAGGAGUAACCCCUGAACAUCUCUGGGUGUGGCCGCAAAACCGAAAAAAUAAAAUAGCAUUUUUUUCUUCA